GGCGCGAAGCCCUGCACCGGCCGGCCGGGCACCCCGAGGUGCUGCGGACACCACACCCAUCCCCAAACUGCACCGCAACUCCCCAGGCAGGGCACACGCAGCUCCUUCCUCCCCUCUGCACCCACUGCCGGGCACCCGCCACGCCGGACCGCCGAGGACCAGGCCACAAACGCAUUCCCGCGCCCGGGACCGCCGGAAAGCCGCAGGAACGGCGCGGCCCAGCCCGCGGUGACACCGCCUCCCGGCCCGCCCCGACCCGCUCCCGGCACCCACCGUCCGGGCGGGCCAGCAGAGCGGAGGGGAGCCGGCAGCGCAGGAAAUCAACGGCUUCUGUUGCGAGGAGCACGAUGAAAUUCGGUUGCCUUUCGUUCCGACAGCCGUACGCAGGGUUGCUCCUAAACCAAGUCAAAACAGUGGAGACUCGCUGGCGUCCUUUGCUACUAGGCUACAAGAACUGCACCAUUGCUAUUCAUAUAGCUGUUAAGGACUGGGAAGAUGAAACAUGGAGAGAAAUUCUUCUGAAUAGGUUGGGCAUGACACCAAAACAACUGCAAGAUUUGUUGGAUGAAGGGGAAAAAUUCGGCAGAGGAGUUAUUGCAGGAUUAAUUGACAUUGGAGAGACAUCACCAUAUCCAGAAAACCUGCCUCCUGAAGAGAUUUUGGAGCUGGAAAACAAAGCUGUCCUCAGUAAUCUAGAACAGAAAUACUUGACUGUUGUUUCAAAUCCCAGGUGGCUCCUGGAACCAAUUCCUGCCAGAGGGAGAAAUGGGGUGUGGCAGGUGGACAUCCCUGAAGAACUGAUCCCUUCAGAAUUGUAGGUGUUGUCCCUUACUGUUAAUUGUUCCUGCCUAAAUGCAGACUUGUAUUUAAGAUGCUGACUUGUGAGUUACAUCAGCAUUGUGUUAGGACUCUAUUCCAAAACUAUUUGAAACGGCAAAUACAUUUGAAGAACUGCUUCUUUGAGGCAAAAUAUACAAAAUGUCUUUAUUACUGUUCUCCUAGACCUUUCCUGUAUAAACUAAGUAAAUGCCAUUUUUAAAAUGUAGAGUUAUGGAUUGUGUGUCAAUUUAAAUGUAAAUUAAAAUGAUUUUUUGGUAUCUGCAUCUCUGGUUGUAAGAAAAUGGUACUUAAAAGCUCGAUGCCACAAUAGGACAUCUGUCCCAGACCACGCCUUGUCCUCCCUUAAGGAUAGAUUCUUUUCAUUCACACCUCAGGCACAGAGAUGUGCAUUUGAUGGAUAUAGCUCUGUGACCUGACAGACUUUACAGAGAGGCCAUUUUGAGAAGGUGCUUGUACAAAAUUAAAUUGAGCAAGUGUCACUUUUUUUUCAUCUUAUUUAAGAUGAAAAAUACUAGUUUUUUUUGAAAAUCUAAUACUGAAUUCAAGAAAAGUGUGAAGACAUAUAAAUAAGAGCCAUGAAGUUUUGGCACUCUGGAGAGUUUUUCAAAAUUCACACCCUACAUUACAGUGAAAAUCCUUUUGAAGUUCUGGAGCAAAUCCAGAAAAUUUUUUUCUGCCACACCUAGGCACAGCUCUAAAAACAGAACAGGACAUUCACUUUACUGGAGCACUUAGGAAAUUGUUCCCUUGGACUACAGCACUUCUGCCAGAGCUGUGCAAGGUACCUUGCUCCGAAGGCCAGUGCCUGCAGCUCACUGUCUGAACCACAUAUGGAGCUGGGCCAUGACCUCGACACAGACUGAGCUGCUGCCAGCACAGCUGGAGGGGUGGGAAGUGACUGCAGGGCAGGGCUGUGUGAAGCAGAGCAGCUCCCUGGCCCCAGCCAGGCCCUGCUGUGCCUUGGCUGAAGGAAAGGUGCAGAGGCUGGAGCUCCUCCAUGUUUGCCUGAGGAGGAGCACAAGGAGUUGUGAGGGCACCAUGCCUCAAGGACCUGCCUCGGCACUGUGAGCCUUCCCCAGUGCAGAGCUGUGCCUGUUCUUCCUUGGACCUGCUGCGCACAGACUGCUCUCCUCUGGAAAAGUGGUUUCUCAAGCACGCUCAGCAUCUGAUUUCUUUUCCAUGGCAGUGUGCAGGCAAACUGACAUCCAGUAAUGUAGCAAUGUAGCUGAACAGUUUGAGCCAUAAUCUGUUUAAGUGCACCAGCCAAACUAUAUUUAGCUGUUUUUCUACAUAUUUCUUAGUUUAGACCAAUGUUUAUAACAGGUACAUUGAGUGAGCCAUUUUUAAGUGUUUUGCUGCAGUCUAGCAAACUUUCUGGAACUAUUCAAGCCUAUUGAAACAUAAACUGUGCUAAAUCAAGAGACAAAAAGCUGAAAAACAAAUUAUAAAAGACCCAAAAUAAAGGUGGGCAGUAAAGUUCUAGGCUGCAACCAAUCAUCUUACCUGCAAGGGUCGUGCAAGGCACCUGGGACAGAAGCACUAGUCAAAAAAUACAUAAUCAUGUGAACAGUAGUUUUAAAAUAUAUAAGUAGAAUUAAAAGUAAACAAUAAAUCUGCUUCUGCAUAAUCAUA